AUGAAACCUUCCACUACCUCAUAUUUUCAAGGGACAUCACUCUUAAAUCUUCUGAGGCCAUGGAAACGUUACCGCGAUGGUACGAUCUUCUACGGUUACGCCAAGAGUGGGAAUAAGAGAACGCCCUUAACCACGAAGCAAGGUAACAAGACCAUGUAUAAGGGUACUAGAUCUUCCGGUAUUGGUAAGCAUACAAAAUAUGGGGAAUAUACCAUUGAUUGGAAGAAAGUCAGAACUUUUACUGUGCCGAAGUUCCCCAAUUUGGAAUUGAAGCCGCUAGUUUCUCAUAAUGCUCCUGAAUUGAAACACCAGUUCAUCGGGUAUAAGAAGGGUCCAUUGGAUCCUAAAUUAUAUGUUGAUAAGAUAAAGGAAUUUAUUAGGAGUGGGAAAAUACAAAGCAAAGCCAGUGAUCCUGAAUGUCAUAUCGAAAGAGGUUAG